UAAAGGUGUGUCACUGUAUCAGUCUCGUAUGAGGCGUAAGCUACUUAUAUUUAUAAUUUGUCUGGUUAUGGGAAUUUCUAAGUCUACAGCAAAUAGUAGGCCUAUAUUUGUAUUUGUCAUUGGUAUACAUUAAUCUUCUAAUGCGUAAAUGAUUUGAUUUUUUUUUACUAUCACAACAAAAGAUUAAAGAAAGAAAAAUGCUUGGGGGCUUAAUAAUGAACGUUGGGGAGUUUAUUUCCGAUGUUCAGGAAGAUCGUAAUUCACCAACAACUUCAAGCUUUGUAAUAAAAAUGUCGAAGUAUCGCCAAGCUGCCGGAGCUAUAGAAGAGACUCUAGAUUUUGACAGAGAUGGAUUGGGAAAAAUGAAAAAAGCUGUUAAGGCAGUGUGCAGCAGUGGAAAUGUUUUUUUAGAUGAUCAAGUUUCUCUAUCCAAAGCCUUAGACAGGUUGGGAAGCAGUGCUAUGACAAAAGAUAACGAACCACAAAUUGGUGGUGCAUUUAUAAAGUUUUCAGUUCUAACUAAAGAACUUUCACAAUUGAUGAAGACACAGAUGCAGAACAUGAACAACAUCAUCAUGUUUCCUUUAGAGACACUACUGAAAGGAGACCUCAAAGAAGUGAAAGGGGAUCUCAAAAAACCAUUUGACAAAGCUUCAAGGGAUUAUGAGACCAAAAUGGCUAAACUUGAAAAAGAGAAAAAACAAGCAGCAAAGGAAGCUGGAAUGAUAAGAACAGAAAUAACACCAGCAGAGGUUGCAGAUGAAAUGGAAGAAGAAAGAAGAAUGUUUCAGUUACAACUAUGUGAGUUCCUAAUUAAAGUGAAUGAAAUUAAAACCAAGAAAGGCCAGGAACUUGUACAGCAUUUAGUUGAGUAUUACCAAGCCCAGCAAAGUUAUUUCCAAGAUGGAGUGAAAAUGAUGGCCCAACUGAAAAAUUAUAUUGAGAAUCUUUCUGGUCAACUCCAUAAAAUUCGGCUUAACCAGGAGGAAGAGAGAAAAAAAUUAGUGGACCUGAAAACUUUGCUACUUAAUUCUCCCUCUCUAAACCUUUCAGAGUCCACAGGCUCUGUAGUUUCUGGUUACACUUUACAUCAGUUGAAAGGAGAUAAAACACAUGGCUGUAAGAAAACUGGAUAUCUUUACAAGAAGUCUGAAGGAAAGAUGAGAAAAGUUUGGCAAAAACGGAAAUGUGAUGUUCAAGAUGGAUUUCUGUUUGUUUACCAUUCUGAUGAAAACAGACCUCCUACCAAGCUUAAUUUGUUAACUUGUCAAGUGAAGUUAGUCCCAGAAGAAAAGAAGUGUUUUGAUCUUGUCUCAUAUAACAGAACUUACCACUUUCAAGCUGAUGAUGAUGCUGAAAUGGAUGUCUGGAUGUCUGUCUUGGUGAACUCUAAAGAAGGAGCAUUAAGAAAAGCUUUUGAUGAUUCUGAACAAACUGGUGAGGAUAAAGUUAGCCAGAGUUUGAUUGAAGUGAAGCAAUGCAUAAUAAAUCAGAUACAGGUAUUACCUGGGAACGACCAUUGCUGUGAUUGUAGCUCAACAAAAGAUCCAACAUGGCUGUCAACAAACUAUGGCAUUUUAACUUGUAUAGAAUGCUCGGGAAUCCACCGUGAACUGGGUGUCCAUAUAUCUAGGAUUCAGUCUCUUACUCUGGACAAUAUUGGCACAUCACUGCUGUUGCUGGCAAGAGAAAUGGGUAACAACAGAUUUAAUGAAGUGAUGGAAGCAACAUUAAGUUCCUCAUCAAAACCUUCGAAGGACAGUUCCAUGGAGGAAAGAUGCAGUUUUAUUAAAGCAAAGUAUGUCGAGCGUAAGUUUGCACUUCAUACAUGCAGAGAUGAAAAUGACCUGAAAAAUGACCUUGAGCAUGCAGUCUCAUCAAAAAAUUUGGUUCAGCUGUUAGAAGCCUUUGCUGAAGGUGCUGAUCUCACUUGGACUUUACCCAGUAGUCAAUGCGGAGAGACUGCACUUCAUCUUGCUGUUGACCAGGAACAAAAUUCAUCACUACAUAUUGUUGACUUUCUUAUACAAAAUAGUAAAAAUCUGGACAAACAAACAAGCCAAGGAAAUACAGCUCUACAUAUUUGUGCCCUCCACAACAAAACUGAAUGCAUGAAACUAUUGUUACGAAGUAGCGCAAAUCCUCAUUUGAAGAAUGUUGAUGGCAAGUCUCCUCUGGACCUUGCUAAGGAGAUGAAUUUCUCUGCAUGUAUUGAACUGCUGGAACAUGAUUUGCAGAACAAAAAAGCCCUCUUUGAGAAUGUCAGUGUAGAUUGUUUCUUCACUCAAGAUGAUGUAGAUGGCUGGGUAGACUUCAGUGAUGAUGAGUUAGACGACAAGUCAUCUGUCUCAGAAUAUGGACAGGGUAAACCCCUGUCAAAAGCGGCAUCUCGACUAUCGACAUCUAUAAGAAAACUUUCUCUACCUUUACCUGAUGGAACCAGCUGUGAGGGGAAACCUUCAACAAGCCCACUGGUGUCUCAGACAUCAUCUACUAGAUGGGGUUUUGUUGAGUCAUCAAAUAGGUUAAGCUAUGAACCAACAAUCAAUGGGGAAAUUUCUGCUGAAAUACCAUUUCAAGACAUGACCUCCUCUUGCUCUUCUUUGCCACUAUCAUCUUCAGUGCAUCCUCCUUUAACAAAUACAAGACCUGGCCUAGUCUCAUAUGGAAGUAUAAAGAAGCGAACAGCACCACGACCCCCACCUGUUCCUCCAACUUCCUCAUUAGGAGUGAAAGGUCAUGUUCGUAGACAGUCUAAUCCUGAACCUUGUACAGUGCCUCCUAGUGGAAAGGAUAAUAAAAAAGUACUGACAGUAUCCACAACAGAGAUCAAAGUUUCUACAAAUGAUAACAUUGUUUAUGGGAAAAGUAACCUAGGAACUGCAGCAGCUGAACCACAAAAUGGAAUAAGCAGCAAAGUCCUACCCCCAAAACCAACAGAAACCCAAAUAGCCAAAAGCACUUUUGAGAGGCGGUCAUCACAGCUGUAUAGCUCUCUACGGAGACCAAAAGCUCCCCCACCUCCAGUACCUCCUGCUUUGGCCAAUCAACAUUGUAAGACAGGACUAAACAGUGGCAGUUCUACAGAAAGUCUGUCUACAAGUGUUUCCAGCAGUGGUCAAUUACAGUUAAUUGACCAGCCACCUGUUCCACUUCCCAGAAAACGGCCUGAUCUGAUUAAGCCACGUCGUUGUCAAACACUCUAUGAUUGUGAGGGUGAUGAAGAAGAUGAGCUAUCAUUCAAAAAAGGUGAAAUCAUCAUAGUGCUUCGAGAAAGAACGAAAGAUGAUGACUGGAUGGAAGGUAUGAUUCAGGGACAGCCCAGUAGAAGAGGUCUUUUUCCAACCAGCUUUGUUCACAUGCUUUCAGACUGAAAGACUAAUUUAUAUAAAAAAUUGUGUAAAACACAAAUCUUGGACAGACUUGCAGACUUGCAGGUUAUGUCACAUCAGCUGCAACUAGUAUCUUCCCUGCUUUGAACUGCAAGAAUCUCCUACCUUAAUAAUGUGAUUUCUUUAAAUUUCUUGAUGAGCAAGAAGUUGUAGGAAUUAAUCAAUCUCACUGGAUUGUGUAAGGUGUAUAAUAAGGUAAUACUAUAAAAAUGUUAACUAGCUGUAAAGAUGUAUUUCUAGUAUUCUUUUGUAAUGCUAUGCUUUUAAUGUAUUUUGAUAAUUUAUCUGGUUUAGCAAAAGUUUCAUGAAGGUUCACUGAUUACUUUUCUGUUGUUAAGUAAUGUGGUGUGGUGCUUCUUUAGUAACUUGAAUCAAAGUCAGGGCGUAAAUCUCUGUCAAAGAUUUACCAUGAGAUAUUUCCAUAAAGAAGAAGGGGCUUUGUAAAGAAUGGUUGUUAUGUACAGAGCAUUCAUUCAUUCAUUAUAAAAGAAAAAUAUGAAUUAGUGUAGUCAGUUAAAUUGAUAAGUGUUGCAAGGGACCUGACUUUAAGGUAUCACUGAUUAGUUUAUAUGUGAUUAUGGGACCACCCCUGAAAGAAAAUUUGAGAUCCAGCAUUGAUCUCAGAAUGUUCUCAGGUGUGUUGAAGCAUUAUUAUAUUGAACCAAAGUAUGAAUUUUAUAUGAAUGUAUAAUUGUGAUGUUUGAAAUAAGUUUGAUUACAGCUGGGUCAUUUGGUUACCUUAAUACCAGAUUUUAAGUUUCUAGUCACAUACAGCUAGACAACCAAAUAUUUGUAGAGUAAAAUAUUAAACUACUUAUGUUAGAUAUUAAGACCUAAGUUCUAGCUCUUUUAUUGGGGGAAAAUGUACAUUAGCUGUUGUUUUUCAAAUGCAUAAUAUUUCUUAUUGCAUUAUUUAUGUAUAUCAUUAUAUACAAAUGGUUAAUAAGUGCACUGAAUUUUAUGUGUAUUUAUAAUUUCAAUAUUGAAUUAUUAUAGAAGUCAGUAGCAUGUGAAAGUCAUCAACACUGAAGGCGUAAGUUAUAGUCAUCUUUUAUACUCAUUCUGUAUUAGGUCUCCAAAGCUUAGUAUACAUAUAAAAGCAUAAAAAAAAUAUGAAAUCCUAUAUCUAGAGAGCUUUAAGGGGAUGAACAUUUCUUCAUCAGGGCAAAUUUGGAAUUCCCAGUUUAUUCCUGAUGAAGAAAUGCCCAACUUUAGAAGGCAGUUAGGUUUUUGGGUUUUGUCUUUAAUUGACAUUUUGAACUUAACAGUAUGUGUCAUAAUUGCUUAUAAUAAUAAAAACUGAUUUGUAUUUAAUAAGAGGUAGUCCACAUGAGCAUGCAUUAUUUUAAUUUAACAUCUAUUUUAUUGCAUAGUUUCAUGCAAGUGAGAGUCCAAUUAAGCAUUCUAAAGAGAGAAAAAACUUCAGGUCACCAAACCUUUUACUUGCUAGAUUAAUAGGCAUCGGUUUACUAAUAUCAUACUAAAUUAUUUUUUGUCACUUAUUGGAGAAACAAAAUCAUAUUACAGAAUCACUCACACAUACAUGAAAACCUGCUAAUUAACUUUACAUGACCGUAAUAACGUUUUUUAGGCAGAAACAUAACUUUUUUUAACAUUUUUCCUUUUCUUUCAGUUUCAUUCUCAAAAAUAUUUUGUUUAGUGAUUUUAAAAUUUUACGUUGAAGUGAAAACGGGAAGAUAUAAAAUUAUGCUGUUGAAAGUAUCAAGCAUGUUAGAGUGAGUAGUUUGCUAAUAGUGCAGUAAUCCACCUAAUAUAGUUAGAGAGCAGUGGAAAUUGUAAUUCUGAAAACAAAAAUAUUAGUUUGUUUUCUCAUUGAUAAAUAUGGUUUUUAUGCUGCAAUGAUUCAUAUAUCACAUAAUAUUGCUACUAAUAAAUCUAGUAUUAAGAGAGGUUAUUGCUUGGGGGAAAUGCCAGCAUUAAUAUAUUCCAGUAUUGCUUUCACUCCUUUUUUUUAAUAUUAAUUCUAUAUAUAAUCUGAUGUAUAAAUUAUCUUUAUGGUGUCGACAUAUGGCAGGAAAUUUUUUAUCAUGUUCAUAAUGAUAACAAUACACAGUCUAAGUACCAUAAUGUAACAAACACAUUGUGGUAAGUAGUUUGAUUUUGAUAUACGGGUUUUUAAUUUUUUCCCAAUUGGUUGUAGUCCAUUUUCAUAUUAAUUAUUUACGAGUUUCAGGCUACAAGAUGUAAAACUGCCUGAGCAGUAUUAGUCUAAGCAUAUGAAGCUUUAGUAUCAGUAUAUAGAAAUGUUCGUAGCAAGGCCUAGUAUCAAAAACUUCCUAAGAAAUCAGUUAAAUGAAGUUCAAAAUUUGUUUUCAGUUGUUAAUAGAAGAAAAUAAACUGCACAAUAAAUAAUUGUUCUAGGUCUAAAUUUGAAUCUGAGAAAUAUUUUGAGUCAUCUAAACUAGAAAUUGUUUUCUCUUUGAAAGUAUUUAAGUAGUAUAUGAAAGUACUUUUAUUAAGUUGAAACCUUAAAUUUGAAAUAAACUUCUAUACUCUGAAGUAUUAAAAUUAUAAAAUCAACUCGUGAUAGAUUUUAAACCAAAGUAUUAUUUUUAUAUAAUUUUAUAUUAGCAUUAAAUUCCUCACCAAGGUUCUUCAGAUAGUUCUUUGUAUUAUAAUCUUUAGAGAAAUGUCUCCUAGCACUGUGUUUUAUGCUACAAUAGUAAUAUACUGUAAUAUACUUACUUGUUUUAUUUUUUUGUUACAUAACCACAACUUUUAAAUAUUUAUGGGUCUCAUAAAUGCCUACAAAAUACUCUUCAAAUGAAACAUACAUCACUGGUAUAUAUAAAUUCUUAAAUUAAUUUUCAAAUGUAAGACACGUUUCUGCUUUUGUUAAAAAGAGAUAAAUGAAAAAGUAUUUUUCUGAUGAUGAUAUUUUGCAUUAAAUAAUCAUUUUAUUAUUAGGUAGACCAGAGUUUGAAAGUUUAAAACCACAUGUUUUCAUAACCAUAAAUUAUACAGCAAGGUGGGUGAGUUAGAAAAGUUAAAGUAUUUUCUCUACAGACAUUUUCAAAACAAGCUAUUAAUUGUGAACAUGAAAGUUUAGUUACUGUCUUGGAUUGAAGUUAUUUUUUCAAAUCUUAACAAGUUUGUUGAAAAUCAACAUUGUCUACAAAACUUUUGCAUUGACCAUUAAGUUUUGAUGACAAGUUUGUAUAUGUCAUGCAUGGUCUUUUUUUUCAUAUUUGGAAACAUUAAUGUACACAGCAUUGAUUAAAAUUUCUUCUCUUCAAGAUGUGUGAUAUUAUGAAGUUUUAAAACCUUAUCAGUGGUUAAGCAUUCAAUUAAAUAAGAAUAUAAUAUUUCUUUUAUUGCAGUAUGUUUUUCAUUAGGGUUCACUGUGCCAAAAGUGUACAAUGUCAUGUGGUUUCAUGCAUCGAGCUUGUAAAUAGCUGUUAAAAUUUAUGUAGUUGUGACUUUUUUUUGUACAUUCUGCAUUUAUUGAUGUCAUAGGCAACAACUACUUCUGUUACUGACAUACAAAAAAAAAA